AUGAGUGAGAACACAGCUACCACCCUCAGCACUGGAGAUGCUCCAACUGGUCCCACCACACCGCGCAAGGGGCCUCCCAAGUUCAAGCAGAGACAGACAAGGCAGUUCAAGAGCAAGCCCCCUAAAAAAGGAGUAAAAGGGUUUGGAGAUGACAUCCCAGGCAUGGAAGGACUGGGCACAGAUAUCACAGUGAUUUGCCCAUGGGAAGCUUUCAGCCAUCUGGAACUGCAUGAGCUGGCCCAGUUUGGGAUCAUCUAA